CCUGGCGUCUUCCUUUCUUUCUUCUUCGCCGUCCUGGGUUUCUGUCACUAAUCCACCUACAUCGAGUGCUGUGUCCUCGGAAUCAUACCUCAUACUUGCAGAAAGUUGAAAUAAUAAUCAAAGAUGUCUCAUACACCAGCCAAGAUUGUUCUCAAGAGUACAACAACCAAGACGCUGAAUGAUCGCUUCACCGAAAUGGCCAAAAAGCAAGUCCGCUCGCCACCACAAGUCACCAUCACUGGAGUCCGAAGCAAUCAGUUUCAGAUGUCACAAGCCUCCGUAAAGAAUCGCCGCCUUGCAGCACAGAUGGCCAACAGACCGGGUGUCCAAGCAGCCCUUGGAGGAAACACUUCAAGCCUUAAAAGUCGACUUGGUUCACCGACGAGGGGUAGAGGACGAGGUGGAAAUGCAAAAGGACUGUUGAAAAACCGGCUGGGUUCUAGCCCAACUGUUGCAGGAGGAACUCGUGGUGGAGGACGUGGUGGUAGUUUUGGUGGUGGAUUUAGGCGAGGUCGAGGUCUGGGUAGUAAUUUACGUGGUGGUGUCCGUGGUAAAAGAGGUGCUGGUGGAGUUACCCGUGUUGGUCGUGGAAUACAAGGUGCUGGACAAGGGGCUCGUGGUGGUAGAGGGGCAACUAGGGGUCGUGGUCGGGGACGUGGCCGAGGUGAUAAGCCAGUGUCAAGAGAUAAACUAGAUGAAGAACUUGAUAAAUACAUGUCCAAGACAAAAAGCCAUCUUGAUGCUGAACUGGAUGAAUAUAUGAAGCAUGCAGAGGAAGACAAUGAAUAAGCCAAGUGUACUGGCAAGAAUAAACACUCUAGAAAACAUUGACAACAUUAUAUGGCUGUCAUGAACUGGAUGAAAUUACCAGCAAUGUGAACAUUUGCUCUAUUGUAGCUUUUAUCUUCAGACAAGGCUUAUAAUUUGUGAUCGUGUUUGCAACAGACCAAGGAUGGUGCACAUGUUUAACUUCUAUACUGAAGAACUUUGUUUUACUUUGUAUUUUCUAAGAACAGACAUUUCAGUUAUUGAAUGUGGACCUACUUGCAUGCUAUAUAUAAUACUGGUGCUAUUGUAUUGUACAAACAAGUAUUUUUAUUUGACUGCUGAAGUGCAGGAAAAGUCAUAUAGCAUUAUACUGUAUAUAAUUAUUUGUAAUGUUAUGAAUAAUGCAUGUGUUAUGACUAGCCUUUUUUUUUCAAGCUGGAUCUUCACUAUUUAAGGCACUUUGCAGUGGUGUUACAACAUUACAUGACUAACUGUCCUUCGUGUCUGCAUAAAACCAAUACCGUACUUGCUCUAUCAUUCGGCAAUUCCUCUCUUGUUUUAGCAAUAUUGUUUUCUGUUUUUUUAAUGAUUAUAAUUUGAUACUGAGUUUUAUCUACUUCAGUUAUUAAUUUAUUUUACCUCUAAGGUGAAAGGGGUUCACAGGAACCUACUUUUUUCUGUGAAAAAACCAUUGAGCUAAAUGCCUUGAAUAGUGUAGGUCUUAGCAGUUAGAAAAUGUUUAUUCUUUUAUUUAUCAAACAUUGUGAGACAUUUGAUCAGUAAUUAAUUAUGUUGUACAGGAAACAUUUUGUUAGGAUAGCCAAAACAAAUGUGGUUCCAUAAUCAGUAGAACACAAAAAUUGCUGCUAAUCAUACUGGAUGCAAUUAGUGAUAUCUUGAGUUUUUUGUUGAGCAUCUCAAGUUGACGGAAAGCAAUAUUGUUAUAACUUACAGUUUCCUAGAUGUACUAUUUCCCUUUACUACAACAUUUUAAGUCUUGAGAUUAUACAUCUUCUGCAGUUAGUCUCUUAGAUUUUUUUAGUCAGAUGGAUUAUAUGAGUUUUCUUUUAAA